AAUAAAGAAACCUCGGAAUCGAUACCCCUCCGCUGGCCUCAACUUGCCCGACCUUUCUGAACCGACGGCGCGAAAAGAGAGAAAAAAUCGAACAAGGUGAACAUAGUUCGUGAAUAUUCAGUAUUCAGGCAGGUAGAAAUGAAGAAGUCAUCACUGCCAUUGCAGAGCAAUAUCGGGCCGGAAAAGCAUAAAUAUAGCAAGGAUUCUUUGGUGAAGCUCUUAAGGUGGCAUUUUGGACAUUCUGAGUUCAGGGGAAAGCAAUUGGAAACAAUUGAAGCUGUUUUAUCAGGAAAAGAUUGUUUCUGUCUCAUGCCCACUGGGGGAGGAAAGUCGGCGUGUUACCAGAUCCCUGCUCUAGCGACAACUGGAAUUGUGCUUGUUGUUUGUCCCUUAAUAGCAUUGAUGGAAAACCAAGUGAUGGCAUUGAAGGAGAAAGGAAUUUCUGCUGAAUAUCUAUCCUCAACUCAGUCAACACAAGCCAAAAAUAAAAUUCACGAAGAUCUUGAUUCUGGUAAACCUACCAUAAGGCUUCUAUAUGUCACACCCGAACUAAUUGCAACAUCAGGGUUUAUGGCAAAACUGACAAAGAUUUAUUCCCGAGGAUUACUAAAUCUGAUUGCUAUAGAUGAGGCACAUUGUAUUUCAACAUGGGGCCAUGACUUCAGGCCUAGCUACCGCAAGCUUUCAUCUUUGAGGAGUCGUCUUCCUCAUGUUCCCAUACUGGCAUUGACAGCUACUGCUGUUCCUAAAGUGCAGAAGGAUGUGAUAGUAUCUUUGGGCUUGCAGAACCCCCUAGUUCUUAAAUCUUCAUUUAAUCGUCCUAAUAUAUAUUAUGAAGUUCGAUUUAAAGAUCUUUUGGAUGAUCCACUUGCUGAUUUGUCUAAUCAACUAAAAUCUAGUGGAGAUGUCUGUGCAAUCAUCUAUUGCCUAGAACGUGCAACGUGCGACCAAUUGGCAGCUAAUCUAACAAAAAAUGACAUUUCAUGCGCUGCUUAUCAUGCCGGUUUAAAGAAUGAUUUGAGGAAGUCUGUUUUGGAGGAUUGGAUAAACUAUAAGAUACAGGUCGUUGUGGCCACAGUAGCUUUUGGGAUGGGUAUAGAUAGAAAAGAUGUCAGAGUUGUUUGCCACUUCAAUAUUCCAAAGUCAAUGGAAGCUUUUUAUCAAGAGUCAGGUAGAGCUGGCCGUGAUCAAUUACCCUCUAAAAGUUUGUUAUAUUAUGGAAUUGAAGACCGUCGAAGAAUGGAAUUUAUUCUAAAAAAUAGCUCCAGUGCUGAUAAGAAAAUCCUACCAUCUUCAAGCUCCCAAGAGCGGUUAUCAGAGAAGUCCUUAACUGACUUUACUCAGAUGGUUGAGUAUUGUGAGGCCUCUGGAUGUCGCAGGAAGCGUAUUCUUGAGAGUUUUGGGGAACAGGUUCCUGCAUCCAUAUGUAAAAGAUCAUGCGAUGCCUGCAAACACCCAAAUAUUGUCGCUGCCAAUUUGGAGGAGCUAAGUGCUACUUGUGCUGUUAAGCGCAAUAAUUCAUCUUCUAAAAUUUUUGUCAGCAGCUCAAAUAUGAGCGAUGAAGGAGAGUUUUCUGAAUUUUGGAAUCGCAAAGAUGAAACAAGUGGAUCUGGAGAAGAUAUAUCUGAUUCUGAUGGUAUUUAUCCUUUGAAUGGACUGGACUGCUCCCCCCCUUUUCCAGCCACGUGGCUUCAUUUCUUGGUUGUAUAUACUCUGGAUCUAUUCUGUUUGGUGGUGGGGUUGAGUUUGAAUUUUUCUUUGUCUAUGUAUAUUUGUAAUCUCAUUUUUCCCAAAUCACCAGAUGAUACUGAGGUUGUCAAAAGCCUUGGAACGAAGUCUCUAAAGAAAUCAGGACUAAAUGAAAAGAUAGCACUUCUAGAACGUGCGGAAGAAAACUAUUACCAGAACAAAAUCUCAGUUAAACAGAAUGAUAAACAUGAGAAGAAUGUUGUAUCUGCAUCAUUUAGGGAAGCUAGCAGAGAAAGAUUAGAGAAUGCUCUAAAGCAGGCUCAACAACGGCUUGGGACCUUUAAGAUUGAAGUGGAAAGACAUGCUCGUUUUCUUGAGCAGGAGUGCUAUGAGAAAUAUGGAAGAACAGGGAAAUCGUUCUAUUAUUCGCAAGUGGCCAGUACCGUGCGGUGGCUGUCGACAGCUAGUUCUACAGAGUUAACCAGUCGGCUUAGCAUCACCGAUGACCCUUGUUCAGUCUCAGAGAAGAAUACACGACUCCCUGCACUGGCAUCUCCUGCGAUGGAUCUAUCGAAGUCAGAAAUUAGUAAUGAAGUAUUUCACAGCAGCUCUGUAUUGGAAACUUCCACAUUCAAUUUAUCAAAACAAAGUGCUUCCCCUGCUCCUCUUUUGCCUCCAAUCCCGUCCUUUGCAGAAUUUGUCAUUGGCAGAAUGGAAAACGCGAGUCAAUCCAACAGAGAUGAGAAAUAUCCUGUGAAGAGGAUCAGGUUGGUGUAGACUGACUCGGUUUAUAGGGCCGUAGGGGCUCCGUUCGUUUUCUUUUGUCGUGUUUCUUGUUCUGUUCCAACGAUUAAGAGAGUAGAGCUGGAAAGACAGCUAUAUGAAUGAUAUUGCUGAUGACGAGGAUGUUAGUAUUCGAGAGCUUUUGGUUGGAAAUAUUUUUGAAUCUGUACUAUGAUCCCCGGAGAUGGGUUUCUGUUAAUUUUUCUUGUUUCCUCCUAAUUUGAUUUAGGAGUGAUUUUUUUGAAUGAUAACUGAGGUCAUUCUCUUUAAAA